UUAUUCUUUUUUUUCGCCUUCUCCUCUAAUUGCAUUUUGACUGGACAAGUUUAACUUUUGCAGUUGGUGUUUGCAACUUUCUACAAUAGCUAAACUGCUUAAUAUUCCUUGCCGUCGCAUUAAAGGUUUUUAAGCUCGGAAAUAUCGGAUUAGACUUUUUUUUCAUCUUGAGAUACCAAUAGUACCCUCAAGAUGGGUAUUAACAACCCUCUUCCGUCGUCUAUGGCGUCGGAAUGCAAGAAGUGCGGCAAAAUUCUCACCUCUUUCAUCGAUCCUCGCCAAGCGUUUGGUCCCGACAAGAUAAUUCCUCCGUCGGUUCUAGCAAACGCAAAAGGCCUGGCGAUCCUCACCGUCAUUAAAGCCGGCUUCCUCGGAUCGGCGCGUUUUGGCUCCGGGCUCGUCGUCGCCCGUCUCCCCAACGGAACAUGGUCUGCACCCUCGGCUAUCGUUACUGCGGGUGGUGGUUUUGGUGGUCAGAUCGGAUUCGAGCUGACCGACUUCGUCUUCAUCCUCAACGACUCCCACGCCGUUAAAACCUUCUCCCAACAAGGCUCUAUCACAUUAGGUGGAAACGUCUCUAUAGCGGCGGGACCAGUAGGCCGAAACGCGGAAGCCGCUGGUGCAGCAUCCCUCAGAAGCGUAGCCGGUAUUUUUAGCUACAGCAAGACGAAGGGACUGUUCGCCGGAGUGUCUUUGGAGGGCUCGGCGAUCGUGGAACGAAGAGACGCGAACGAAAAAUUAUACGGCCAGCGCUUGACAGCGGCACAACUCCUCACGGGCGCCGUACCACCACCGCCGCAAGCCGCCCCGUUAAUGUCCGUCCUGAAUUCCAGAGUAUUUGCGGGUAUGCGCCAAGGUACCGUGGACGAUGCCAUGUAUAAUGACGUUCCGGUUUAUGACGAUAGCCAUGAUAACGUAGUACGGAAUAGCCAACGAGGAAGUACCCAUAGCGAACCUCAAUACAACGGUCAGGAGGAGUUUGGCGCGCCAAGACGAGCGAAUACAUGGCAAGACGACGUGUACGAUCGGCCGGCUGCUAGUGCUGGUGUUAACAGGUCCGGUACCGUAGCAGCGCGAGCCUCAAUGCCGGUAGGUGGCUACUCGCAAGGAAGCCGGGUUGGCCCUGGUAGACCCGCAGCACCGAAACCGAAUUUUGCCAGCAAACAAGCGUUGAUGAAGAAGAACGAGGCCGUUGCGUUAUACAACUUCGACCCGGACCAGCCAGGCGACCUAGGCUUUAAAAAGGGCGAUGUUAUCACAGUGCUAAAGAAGACUGACAGUGAUAACGAUUGGUGGACUGGCAUGAUCGGCUCAAGACAUGGUAUGUUUCCCAGCAAUUACGUCAAAAUGAGAGAAUAAGAAAGAGAGCGAUACGAGCUUUCCGAGAUUACUUUCUUCCCCAGGGGUAAACCGGGG